ACGAGCGCUGUCUUAUAAGUCGUAUUCUGCUAGUUAACAAUGUUUUUUUUAUAGUAGUCAUGACAUUUCAGACCAACGAGACAUAGACAUUAUGUGAUAUGUCAUAUAUUCUAGGCGCGGCAGCAAUACGCAACUGCAUCAGGACAGUGGACAGCAAACUAGUAGUAUAUUCCAAACGGAUGCCGACACAGAGAGAAGCCACAGAACACCUCAAACGGACUGUUCAGGAAGCAAAACUGAACUGAAAAAUAUGUUUAGUGACAGUGCAGUAAUGCUCAUGACUCAUCCACGCCAUUCCAAACUAGCAGUGCCGACAGAGAAUGCUCAGAAACUUCACAAAGGUUCCACUGGCACACAGAACUCGAAGCGCUCGUCUGGAGUGGAGAUCACCCAAAAACCGCGUCAGCACAAAAACCGCUCGUCUGGAGAUCACCCACCAUAUAUUGUCCCUAGUCGUCUGACUGCUCUGUGAGGCUGGAGAUCAUCCAUCCGCCAUGCUGUCGUCAUCGUCUGACAUCACCUGUGGCUGCAGAUCAUCCACCAUGCUACCCUCCCUCGCGACGAGCACGCAGCAUGAGAAAACCACCAAAAGCAGCCUUUUUUGGGACCCUGCCACUGCACCAUUUUAUAACUGAAAAAUCUUUCAGCGUUAUGCCCAUAUGAGACCCCCCUGGGCAGCAGCAACAUCAUAGAAACAAGUCGUCUCUCCAGACAAUAUUAUCAGCAUAACCUUGGGCCAUAAGAAGACACCAGUCGUGAGCCGCCACGACGUCAAUGAGAUAUGGAGAACUGAAGAAAAGCGGUGGAGUGAGAGAGGCCUGGAGCCACAGAAUGAAUACGAUACAUGGUGGUCGGCACCAGGGCAGACGCACCCAUGCAGUGCCAGCCCAGCUGCCUUACCCAGGACCAUCUCCUGGACGUUAUGUGCAUAUGCCUUGACGUCUCCUUUUGGAGCAAGCGGAGUCCAGGUGAAGACCAUCAGGUGUAUGUACUGAUGUACACUUCUACACUCUCAUUCCUUUAGUCACAUGCACUGCAACUCUGCAAGAAGCAAAAAAUCGCAUACCUUCGGACAAAUUUCAGGACCCUAUAAGUAGAUUGAGUCACAAAGGUCCCUUCCCAUAUUCUGAUUCUGAAUAGUAGCUGCCUGACUUCUGCUUCCAGUGCUGCCGUUCGUCAGCCAACAUGUCUGACUUGUCAAUGACUGUUGCUCAGGAGCAGCUCGUGCACCUCUCGCCAACGCCGGUGAUCAACCUUGGGCACCUCAACCUUGAUUCUGUGACACGAUCUGGCGUGAUCGAUGAAAUUGCCAAAGCAUGCCGUGAUCUAGGGUACUUCCAGGUUAUAAACCAUGGGAUCAGUCAAUCUGUCAUGGAUUGUGCUGUUGAAGCAGCUUCAGAUUUCUUCAAACUAUCAAGUGAGGCAAAGGAAGAGUUUGCAUCAGAGGACCUCCGCCAGCCUGUUAGAUAUGACACCAGCUCAAAAGAUAGCAUUAGUAUGUCACGGGCAUUCCUAAAGCAUUAUGCCCAUCCACUCAGUGACUGGAUUCAAUAUUGGCCAGAGAAACCAACGAUCUACAGGGAAUACAUGGGAAAGUAUGCUGUUGAAGUAAGGAGUGUGGCUUUGCAACUGAUUGAAGCGAUACUAGAAGGCCUAGGAUUGGGUAAGGAAUACCUGAAUGAGCAAUUUCAGGAGGGCUCACAACUAUUGUCAGUGAACUGCUACCCUAAAGCACCACAAGAUCCCGUGACUAUAGGGCUGGCUCCACACUCUGAUUAUGGAUUUCUUACCAUCUUGCUCACAAGUUGUCAGGGCCUUGAAGUUGUUGACCGCAGCAGCAACAGCUGGAAAACAGUCCAGCAACUUCCGCAUGCAUUGCAUGUCCAUGUAGGUGAUCACAUGGAAGUCCUGAGCAAUGGGCAAAUCAAAACAGCUAUGCACCGUGCUGUUUUGAAUCCUGAAGAAUCAAGGAUUUCUAUAGCAAGCAUUCAAGGUUUUGAACUACAUGAGAAGGUCGCGUGCGCCAAGGAGCUUGUGGAUAAACAAAAUCCCGCAAAAUACAAAGAGAGCAGUUUCAGUGACUUCCUUGACCAUCUCACAGCUAAUAUGGACAACAAGCACAGGAAUUUUCUUGAAAGCCUCAGAAUGUAAGGAUUACAAGCCGUAAUUAGGGUGCAACCUUCACUACAAGUCCAAAAGGUGGUAAGACAUCAUCGUAUGUCUACUACAGUUCAUAUCUGUCUACUUUAGAGUUCAGAUGUCUUCUUUGUUCCUUAGAGUGUACCCAGACUUUUCUCUGUCCCCCUCAACUUUCCCCAAAAGUUCGCUUGUAAUUCUAAGCUUUUAAUAAAAUUCCUGUAACACCGGUUUAGGCCGGCAGGUUUAGGCCGCCGCGUAACACCGGUUGUUCAUUUGUGUAAUAGCAAGCUAGGGUCUUUGUGGUGGGUUGGUCCAGCUACGGCUUGUUGACCUCCGGCGCUCUAACCAAGCGCGUUGUAUGUUCGACAUUUUCUUCUUAAAUGCAAUGAUACGCAAAGCUUUUGCGUAUUCGAGAAAAAAAAAAUCCUGCCAGUUCCGGUCAAAAAAAAAAAAAAA